GCAACUAGGUCCCACCAAAUGUAUAUCCCAUACGCCGGUUCUUUUUGGUGAGAAUACCCAAUUUUGUACACAAAGUUGCCAUCUUUAACAGUCCCGUGUGGGUCCACUACCGACGCCUUCGCUUUCUCAGUUACCUAAUAACAGGCAACCUAACAAAAGUCACAAAAACUCCGAUCGACGACGUCUCCGGCCGACUGAGACGGCGGGGACGUACCUUCAUCCUAUAGAUCCACCAACCACAGCCUCCUCCGGCACCAAUUUGCAAAAUCUCCGAGUCUAGAUCCUAGAAGCUUCCGGUAAAUUAUCAAACUCCGAUCGACGACGUCGCCGGCCGACGGAUACGGCGGGGACGUACCUUCAUCCUAUAGAUCCACCAACCACAGCCUCCUCCGGCACCAAUUUGCAAAAUCUCCGAGUCUAGAUUCUAGAAGCUUCCGGUAAAUUAUCAAUCUCCGGCCGUCGAUCUAUCUAGCUCUCAAUUAUCUAAUCAGAUGAACGAAGUGCUUACAGCUUCCGAUGCAUCUUCAAGUGCGCGGUCGUAUUCGUCGUCGAUUUCACCUGUCAAUGUUCCCCUCUUUUCCGCAUUACUUGCCUGUGCUAUUGCUCAGUUCCUCAAGCUAUUCACCACCUGGUACAAGGAGAAGAGAUGGGAUUCAAAAAGGAUGCUUAGCUCAGGUGGAAUGCCAUCAUCACAUUCAGCAACUGUUACUGCGCUGAUAAUGGCAAUUUAUUUACAAGAAGGAGCUGGAGGAUCUGUCUUCGCGAUUGCUGUGGUUUUGGCAUGUGUUGUAAUGUAUGAUGCUACUGGUGUUAGGCUUCAUGCUGGUCGCCAAGCUGAAUUGUUGAAUCAGAUAGUGUGUGAAUUGCCUCCUGAGCAUCCUGUUGCCAAUGUUAGACCUCUGCGAGAUUCACUUGGUCACACUCCUCUUCAGGUUCUUGCCGGCGCAUUGCUGGGAUGUUUAGUGCCAUUUUUGCUUAGAAGCUCAAUCUAGAGUUUGUAUAACUUUAUCAUCUCCCUUCAAGUAUUCAGUAAAUAUGGAAUAGGCUCCAAGCUAUUAAAGCUAGAAUCAACAUCACUACCAAUUACCAAAGGGAGAGUUUCAUGUGAAUUUAUCAUUUCUUCACCUUGUUGGAAAAAGGAGGGGGAUGAUGUGUAUUGUUUGUGAUUGUGACAACUCAAUCACCUGUACUUGUUUAGUUUAUUAUCCAACUUUCAAGCCAUUUAUUUAUAAUUGUUGGAUACAUUGUGAUUGUGACAACUCAAUCACUUGCACUUGUUUAGUUUAUUAUCCAACUUUCAAGCCAUUUAUUUAUAAUUGUUGGAUACUA